CUGUCUCUCUCUCCCCAUCUCUAAGUUCUCUCUCUCGCUCCCUCUCCCUCCACCGCACCACCCGGCGACGGCGGUGGGAGGGGAUAAGAUGGUGGCGGACCUACGGCUUAAGGUGGCGGCGGCGCCCUCCCUUCCCCUGUCCGUCUCUCUCUUUCUCUCAGCUAUCUCUCUCUCUCGCUCCCUCUCCCUCCACCGCACCACCUGACGACGGCGGUGGGAGGGGAGGAGAUGGCGGGGUACCUACACUAUGGAAGAAUGGCCAUGUGGAUGUGGUGGCCCCGGGAACAGGAAUGCUGGACACUGCCAAAAUGUUGCCGUGCGGACUCAUCACCCACAAACUAUCAAAUUAAAUACGCUUUCCACAAGAAAAAGGAAAAGAAAAGAAAAAAAAAACCCUAUGAAAGUACGCACGCAUUUGUGUCAUAAAUGGACUCAUGCGUCUCAGUCACACACAUCUCGAUGCCAUGGCGCCUGCAAGCGACCGGAAUGGCCACGAAGGCCGCCGCCGCGUGCUGCUGCUCCCGCUGCCAUACCACGGCCACAUCAACCCCAUGCUCCGCCUCGCCGCCGCGCUGCACGACCGCGGCCUCGCCGUCACCGUCGUCCACACGGAGACGCGCGCGCCCGACCGCCGGAGCCUCCCCGCCGGGUGCGAGCUGGUGACCGUGCCGGACGGCCUCCCGCCGGAGCUGGCCGCGUCCGGCGACAUCCCGUCGUUCGUGUUCGCGCUGAACAGGAACUGCGCGGCGCCGUUCCGUGACCUCCUCGCCGGCGCGCUCCGGCAGGAGGAGGAGGAGGAGGACGGCGGCGGCGUCGCGUGCGUGGUCGCCGACGUCGACUGGUUCGCGCCGCUCGCCGCGGCGAGGGAGCUCGGCGUGCCGGCGCUGGCGCUGAUGACCAGCAGCGCGGCGAGGUUCAGGGUGUACCUGGCGUACCCUCGGCUGUGUGAAAAGGGAUAUUUACCUGUCCAAGAGUCAAAUCUGGACAUGCCAGUGGACAAGCAUCCGCCGUUGUUGGUGCGAGACCUCCACAUCAUGAUGGACACGUCUCGGCACGUCGCCUACGCCAGCCUGCUCGCCCACAUCGUCGCCGGUGUCCGCCAAUCCUCUGGUCUAAUCCUCAACACCUUCAACGCCAUCGAGCGCACCGACGUCGAGCAGAUCCGGCGCGACACCGCCAUCCCAGUGUUCCCCGUUGGCCCCCUCCACAUGCUCUCGCCACCAGCGACGGUGGCGACGCAGAAAAGCAGCCUGCUCCUCGAGGACCGCAGCUGCCUGGAAUGGCUGAACACGCAGCUCCCAGGCUCCGUGCUGUUCGUCAGCUUCGGCACCCUCGUCUCCAUUGACGCCGACGAGCUCUUGGAGGUGGCUUGGGGCCUCGCUGCCAGCAACCGGCCGUUCCUGUGGGUGGUCCGGCCAAGGCUGGUCCGUGGGCGCGACUCCGUCGAGCUCCCCAGCGAGCUGCUCGAGGAGACACGUGGCAGAGGGAGGAUCAUCAGGUGGGCACCACAAGAGGAGGUCCUGAGCCACCCCGCUAUAGGCGCGUUUUUGACACACUGUGGGUGGAACUCGACGCUGGAGAGCAUAUCCAGGACCGUGCCGAUGAUAUGCAAGCCAUGUGGCGGUGACCAGUUAGGGACGGCGAGGUAUGUAUGUGACAUGUGGAAGGUGGGUGUUAGGGUUGAGGUCGAGGAUAAGCUGACCAGAGGGGGAAUACAGGCAGCGAUUGAGAGGUUGAUGGAUGGGAUAGAGGGUGGAGUAGUUAGAGAUAGGAUGAGAGAGAUGGGUGAUGUCGUGUCAAAAUGCACUACGAAAGGUGGUUCUUCUGAUUUAGCCCUACAGGACUUGGUUGACUUUAUCAAGUCGUCCUAGAAAUUAUUUCUAGCAUUAAAAUUUUAGUGAACAUUUUUCUGCGACAAUUAUUCUUAUGAAUUUAUCGCAUUUGGUAAUUGGCACAUGAAAAUGUCUUACACACCACUUGUAUUAAGCUCAGCCCAAGGAUUUGGAACCUCAUCUAGAAACAUUUCACAUCAAAUAGUUAUAUUUCCCUGAAA